UUGAGACGCUUGGCACCGUUUGGCCAUUUGGGAGAGAGCUGCUCAAAUGUGGCUGAAAGGCCGCAAGGGGUCCCCAAGGGGGUGUCUGUGGUCACUUGUUCAUGUGAGAGGCACUGCUGUCUUAAAGAUAUCCAUGGUCACAGGUGAAUGGGAAUGUGUUUGAAUUCCCAAACUAUGUUGAUCCCUGUCGAAUUUCUGGAGCGCCCAUCACAAGAGGGAUUUGGGGCUCAGGUGGGCCCAGCACAGACUCAGACAAGAUGUGCAAUGAAUUUGUGCUGAAUUAAUGAAUGAAUUGGGGUGAAUGCAUGAAUGAAUAGUGGGUUCAUGAAUGACUAAAAGCAGAGCGGGUGAAUGAGUAAAGAAAAUCGUAAUAGCUAACAUUUAUUGAACACUCACUAUGCACCAGGCAUGAUGCUAACCCACCUAUUAAAUCAUUUAACAUUCAUAACUAUGUUCUAGAUGGGCAUGGAAGGGUGAGGGAGGAUCUGACUCUUGGAGUCUAAUUUCCCCCGAAUAACUGGGACUCUGGGGGCCCCCAGGAGAUCAUCCAAAACCAUGGCUUCCCAUAAGCCAUCUGGGCUUCACUGUGAGAUUCCUGAUGGCGGGCCCAGCUGGGUCAUCUUGUUGGAGAACCAGGAAGCUGGCCGUAAACUGCUGCGCUUUCACUGUGCCGACCACAGCAAGGGGUUGACAGCUCAGGUUCAAAAAGACACAAAGUGUAACUUUCCUGCCCAGCUUGCAGCUCCGGCCUUAGAGUCCAGUGAGGCCCGAGGCUCACUCAGGCCAGGGAGAGCCCCCACAGCCCGGCUGGGGUCUCAGCUUGGUUCUGCAAGGCCCUGUGGAGCUCACAGAGGUUCAAGAUGAGCCGUAACAGCAGAGGCGAGAGCCCAGCUUUCCACCCGCCUCCAUCCACUUUGGCUCUUUGUUCCUAAAAGCUGCUGUCUCACACCUCCAGAGCUUUACCCACGAUGUUCCUUCGUUCUGUAGAGCUCCUGCCCCACCCACACAAUCCACUUAGAUAAUAACACUCAGCUGCCAGGAAUCAACACAAAGAUCACCUCCUCCAUGAAGCCUUCUCUGAUUCUUCCCUUCGUAUCCCCACAGCGCCCUCCACCGACUUGGACCACAGACCUGUGACUUGUUAGAGCCCAGGUUUCCAAAUCUGGGGGUGCAACAAAAUUACCUGCGGAUUUAUUUACAAAACAAAAAGCAGAUCUCUGGACUCAGACCCAUUAUAGAAGUUUGAGAAGACUACUAUUUCCAGCAAGCCCCAGGCUGUCUUACAUCUCAGGAGUGGGUCACAGUGGAGCUCUUGGAACUGGGAGAACCUGCAUCGACCUGUUUCACCAAUCAACCUAUUCUGAAAAACGGAAAGCUACUCAAGGUUGAUUCAAGGGCCACAGUGACCCCAGAGGCAGCAGCAGCAUUGGGUUCCCGUGGAAGUGCUCCUAGGGGUGUUUUCCUGGAGGCAGUGGAGGGUGUCACCCCAAGGUCAGGACAGGUCAGGUUCACGUUCUCAUCAUAGCAUGGGGACCCAGUUCAGUCCCUGUUAGCCCCCUGAGAUCUCACUCACCGUCCUCAGCAUCAGAAAUAUGGCUGAAGCUAGUAAGCCCGUGAUGAAGAAAGCUUCACAAUCUGUUCCUUUGGAGAGGAGUAAGAGAGAAAACGAACAAUUCCGUAAACUCUUUGUCGGUGACUUGAGCUCUGAGACCACAGAAGAAAGUCUGUGGAACUAUUACCGGCAGUGGGGAUAUCUUACAGACUGUGUGUUAAUAAGGGACCCUGCCAGCCAAAAAUCAAGAAGAUUUGGUUUCAUCACGUUUUCCUCCAUGGCUGAGCUGGAUGCCGCCAUGGCGGCCAGACCUCAUUUCAUUGAUGGGAAAAUGGUUACGCCCAAACGCGCUGUCCCAAGAGAGGACCAUGGAAAGCUGGGGGCUCUCGUCACUGUGAAGAAGCUGUUCGUUGGCGGAAUUACAGAAGACACGAAGGAACAUCAUCUUAGAGAUUACUUUGAGAAGUACGGAAAAAUCAACGCCAUUGAGAUAGCUACUGACGGACAGUCUGGCGAGAAAAGAGGCUUCGGAUUUAUUACUUUUGAUGACCACGAUCCCGUGGAUAAGAUCGUGCUGCAGAAAAAUCAUACCAUCAAUGGUCAUCGUGCAGAAGUAAGAAAGGCCUUGUCUAGGCAAGAGAUGCAAGAAGGCCAACAUUUGAGAAGUCGAGGAGGAGGCGAUGUUGGUUUGGAGUAUUUUCAUGGUGUUGGUGCAAAUGUGGGAGCAGGAAGAGAAAGGAACUUCAGAGGAGGAUCCGGGGGUUCUGGAAGAGGGCGUCAGUUUGGGGAUGGCUCUCACGGGUACAGAGGAAGAGCUGGAGGUGGCAGUUGGGGGGUUAGGCCUGGUUACGGGGCAGGACGAGGAGGAUGCAGUGGUGGAGGGUCUGCAGACGGCUACCAGGAUGAGCGCUUCAGAGCCCGUUAUGACAACUACGGAGGAAGAAGUUAUGCAAGUCGCAAUGACAGUGAUUUGGGCAAUCAGAAGCAGAAACCUUCUAAGUACGAUUUACUGAAGAGUGGAAAGUUGAGAGACAGCAGAAACAUGGGCGGGUCAUAUACUGGAGGAAACCACGACCCAGGAGGCGGUAGAGGACGUGGGGGUUAUGGAGAGGCAAGCCGGUGGGGGCCUUCUCAGUGGCCAUGGGCUUGACUGCAUGCAGAGGAGCCCAGAGGGGAGAGAAGAGCCUCAGAUGAUCAAAACAACAGUGCGAAGGAAACUCUUAACUCAGUCAUGCCUAAAUACGCAGCGACACGGCAGAAGACACCAGAAGAGCUGGUACCAAGAGCCACUUUGUGAGUGGACUCAGUUACAUAGGAACACUAUUUUCCUAUGGAGGAAAGACUUUUUUAAAAAUGCUUUUGCGAUGGUUUUUGAGCUUUUGAAAUGUUCUGUCUUUCCAGCAGUCUCUGGAAGAGUGUAGAAUCAUCCCUUCUUGAAUAAUAUCCCAUUUCCAAGUUUCGGUUGACAUGGGAAACCUUUUUCAAGAUUUUUCUCGAAGUUUUGAAAAGCUGUUAGCCAGAAUCAAGGGAUAGUAAAACAUAAUAUCAUUCUUCUUAAGACAUGUAUUUCAUGUGUAGAGUUAAGAAGCUAUUGUGCAUUUAAGAUUUAAUAAAAUAAUUUUAAAAGUAAAA